AAAAGAGGUACUCGUGAUCCUGCUAAGACCCUUGCGCCCUCGUCCUUUUGGUCGUAGCCCGGGGCUCGUAAUAAGCCAUGGCCGGAGCAUGGACGAAGGGCGGCGUGCCCGCGCUGGGGUGGUGGCUCAUCGCCGUCGGCACCUUCCGAUCCGGCUACACCUGGUCCUGCUUCUUCGGCUCCGCGGCGUUCUGCUCGGCCACCUUCUCCGAGAUAGCGAUGACCGGCGUACAUGGGCGGACGGUCGCGGUGUGGACUCUGCUGUCGUGCACGCUCUGCUUCCUGUGCGCCUUCAACCUCGGUAGCAAGCCGGUCUACGCCGCCACCUUCCUAUCCUUCGUCUACGCCAUCGGCUACCUUGCCGUCGAGUGCCUGGUGUACCACACCAUGAGUGCAGCUAGACUCUCCCUGUUCAUCUUCAUUGCAGGGACAUCCAUUGUUUGGAUGCUGCUUCAGUGGAACUCCCAUGGCCAUGGCCCCCGUCCCCGUGAGGCUACCAAGCAGGCCUGAUCCUGGUUCUUUUAAUUUCCUGCCAAAAUAGUUGGCAUCUCCUGUGUGCCGACUAAUAUAAGCACGUAAUUAAUGUUUUAAGAGACUUUGCAGGGCCUCUUGCAUGCAACAUGGAAUUCUGUAAUUUUUUUCUUGUAAUUCUUGUUUCAUUAUCACGGCAGGUACUAGCCAAGGAGUGCUUCCUCUGUAACACUUUUGUCAUUGUGAUGCCACGCGUGAAAUCUGAACACACUUUUGCUACUACA